AUUCUUUUACGUCGCUAAAUGCUAACCAAGUAACCUAAGCUCCAUAGUCUUGUAUAAAUUUUCUCAGCGAUUCCUCAAAAUCAAACCAUAAAGCAAUCGAAAAAAAAAACCCUUCAAUCAAUGGAAAAUACCAAUUAAUUUAUUACUUUUAAAAAACCCAAAUUCGUUUAUUGUCCUGCAAUUUUUGAUUCAUGGUACUUUAGCGGUAGUUUGUUUUAUCUACUGUCCCAGUAUAUACGCUCACAAACGUACAAAUAUACGGUCCAAACCGUAUUCGUCAAUGGCUCUUCCUCUUGGCAAGUUAACUAUCAUCGUUGGUGCAGGUAUUGUUGGUUCAAUUCUUGCGAAAGAAGGACGCAUGUCAAGUGUUUCUGAUUUUGUCUCUGGUGCUUUCAAGAUUGCUUUUCGGCAACUUAAGCAUGAUGAUUCCACUCCGUCAAGCAAGCCGCGAAAUGACUAUUUGGUGGCUCAGGUUAACAGCCUAAGGCAGGAACUGCAAAUCUUGGCAUCAAAUAGACCAAUUACAAUUGUUACCGGACAAGGAACAGGUACUAGUAAAUACAGCAUAAUCAUUGUUGUUGUUGUUGUUGGAUAUGGCUACAUUUGGUGGAAGGGCUGGAGACUUCCCAAUAUGAUGUUCGCAACGAGGCGUAGUUUAUCUGAUGCACGUGAUGCCAUAGCUAAGCAGCUAGAGAGUGUUUACUCGUCAAUCUCGGCUACCAAACGGCAACUAUCCUCAAGAAUUGAGGGCGUGGAUAAUCGUCUACAUGAAAUUGCAGAUAUUACUGAUACAACACACAAAGAGGUUACUCUACUACAAGAUGAAUCAAAGAAGCUCAACACUAAUGUUCAAUCCGUUCGAUAUGUAGUUCAAACUCUGGAAAGUAAGAUAAAAAGGAUAGAAGGGAAGCAGGAUAUGACAAAUGAAGGAGUCACCUGGUUGUGUGAUUAUGCCCAGACCAUAGAACAAAAUAGACCCACUGAUCAUACUCAGGCUUUACCAGCUAACUCUUCCAGGCCAGCUCUUGAACCCCCAACGAAAACACCGUCAAGGAGUGGGUCUUUGCCUCCCAUUAUACCAGUAGAUCCGCCGUCUCCAUCUUCUGGUUCUUCUAAUGGAACUCCCAAGGUUCAGAGAUCUCCUAGACAUGUAAUCUCUGCCUCAGGCCUUAAGGAAUUAGGUGAAUCAAGUGCCAAUAAUGUUGGCAACAACGGGACAGUGUUUUCUGGUCUGAGUGGUUUGUUUUCUGUUCUGACAAGGACUCGCAGCGCAACAAAUGCACCAAUGGGAGGAUCAAGUGGACAACAAUAGUAAAGAUCUUAAGUGUCUACUUAAUUACAUUUUUAUGUUUAUAGAGAUGGCCCUUUUUUUUUUUUUUUGGUAGGUCUUAGGUUGUCUUAAAAGACUCUUGCCCUUCAAACCAACUUGAAAAUUUUAAAACCUUGAAGGACUCGACCUGAAAUUUUUAGGGCACUGCCCCCAUAUUUAGAAGUUAAAUUGUUGUGGGUACUGAAUUUUGUAGAGAUUGUAAGUUAGGCUUAAAUAAAUGCUAAGAUUUUGAAUUUUAUUUUAUUUAGAGAUAAAUAUCAAUUUAUAUAUGAAUUUUGGUUUAAUAUACAAUUUGACAUUUAAACUUUAA